AUGGGCUCAAUACUUUCACAUUUAAGUAAGGGAAAUGGAGUUGCAUCAAUGCCUGACUUAAACCUUGAUCUUGAAAAUGCUAUACCAACAGAAACAGAAUUAGCAUUAUAUCAACAUGUUUCGGCACUUUUGCAACCUACAGAUGUAUUAUUAGAUUCAUUAAGGCUAUAUGAAGGGUGUGGAGAUUUGAUUAAAAAAGCAAUAUCAAAUCCUACGCCUGAUAAUGAAGAAGAAGCAUGGCAAGCUAUACAACCUGCUGUUGCUAAAUUAAAGAAAUAUUUUGAAUAUUCUACUUUACUUGAUGCACUUCCAGAAUUAUUAAGCGCUUUAUGUGAUGGAAAUGCUUUAAAUAAUAUUGAACAACAACAAGCACUUACCAAGUUAUUAGCAAAUAUACUAGAUUUUGCUUUUGAAUUCGAUUCCUUGAAGGUGAGAACACCAUCAAUUCAAAAUGAUUUCUCUUAUUAUAGAAGAACACUUAGUAGAGGAAAACUUGUAAAUGAAGUAGAUCUAAAGACAGCUAUGAUUGAGGAUGAAUUGGCCAAUAGAAUUUCAUUGUUUUAUGCAUAUCCAACACCAAUGUUAAAAACAGUUACUGACGUAACUGAACUUUUUGUAGCCAAGAACAAUCUUGGUAGAAGUGUGUUAGAAUGUUUGUCAGGAUUAGCUGCUGCUUGUUAUCAUUCAGUUACCAGAAGAACUCAAAAACCAGAAACAACAGCAUUUUGUUUAAGAGUAAUGGUUGUUUCCAUUAUUUUAUAUGAUCACAUUGAUCCACAAGGUGCUUUCAAUAGACAAUCACUAAUAAAUAUAAAAUCAUCAGUAAAAGCGAUUCAAACUCAUGGUACAAGUGAAUGUACUAAUCUAAUAUCUGCAUUGCGUUUCAACACCAAACAUUUAAACGAUCAAUCAACUCCAAAAAAUAUAAAACAACUUUUGAGCGAAAGCUUUUCAAGUUCACCACCGUCUUCACUAAACGAUAAUAAUAAUAAUAUCAAAAUCAAAAAAACUUGCAAUAAUUUAUCACAGAAUACAAGUAAAUCUUCAGAUCAAGAACCAAAAGGUGCUGAUGAAUAUACCUUGAAUGUUGGUAAAGCAAUUAGAAUAAUAAGAUCCGAAUUACCAUUAUUCUUUGAACAUGGUUUAAUGGACACAUCAAUCUAUUCACCGGACAUUUUAUUAUAUGAUCCUCACAAUACUCGUCUUUUGGUAAGAGGAAAGAAGAUAUAUUUGGCCAUAGCCAAGUUAUUAAGAUGGAGUUUAGUGUGGUAUUUUGAUGAUAUAGUAUUAGAUAUUGUGAAAAUGCAUGUUGUGCAAAGCGGUGAUGAUGAUAAAGAUAAUUCAGGAGGAAAUGCUGAUAUUGAUGCUUACAGCAAACAAGUUAAUUUAGAUGAUGAUUAUUAUUAUUUAAAUAAUAAUGACUUGGAUAGUUUAUUAAGUGUAUUCAAUGAUCAUGACAAACACUAUUAUCAACAAGAACAAGAAACAUUAUUCUCAAGUGAUAAUAAUGACUCAAAGAAUUCAUUAGAAAGAAAGACACGAUUAUAUAUUCGUUGGACAUUGGAAGGUAUACCCAGGCCAUCAUACAUAACGUCACUACUGUUUUCACAAAGUGUACAAAUUCCUCGAUCAACCUUCUCUGGCAUUUUUAUGUAUAAAUUUGAUGACAGGAAUGGAUUGAUAAGUGAGCAUCAUGUGAAAUACAUAGUACCUUCUCCUAGUCGUAGAGCUGUAUUGUAUCAUGGAUUUGGUGGUUUGGGUGGUUUGAUAUGGAGGAUUAGAAGUGGAAUGAGACAAAAUAAAAAUGAAUGGGGGAUUGGAUUAGGAAUGUUUGCUACUAAAUUAAAAAAAUUGGAUGUUUCAAAAUUGAAAUUAUUUAAAAAUAAACAAAUUAGAGAUGAUUCUUGUAGUUUUAUGAGUUCAUAG